AUGGAUCGUUACAUUGUAGUAGCGGCAUUGAUUGCGGUUGCACAGGCGGGCUUCGGCAAUGAAAACAUACCAAUUCCUGCUAUUCAGGCCGUACAAGGUGGCGAGCCAGGUGCUGCCGCUACCAUCGCCGGUGCUGCUAUCAGCGACUUGCUCGCAGGUACCAAUGCCUGUGACAAGCUUGUUACGGCCGACCAGAUCGUCGCCGAGCUUGGAGGCGGUGCUGAUGCCAUCGCUGCUGCCAUUGGGAUGGUAGCUGCGGAGAAAAACACCAACCCCUUCGCUGUUGAUGUCCCAUCUAUCUGCAGCGACCCCACCCUUCCGGUCACCCCAGAGCUUCGCGGAAUCACUCCUCUCAUUGACCCUAACACGAACAAUGCCGAGAUUGCCAAUGACCUGUCCGCUCAGACUGUGCAGACCCCGCUCGAUGCGACGGGAAAGAGUAUUGCCGAUCUCUUGACUGAGAAUGGCUUCACCGACUUCACCCCUCAGGAUUCCACUGGCGCCGCAGGUGCUGCGGCGGGUGAUGCUGCGGCGGCAGGCGCUGAUACUGGCGCUGGUGCUGCAACCGCUGUGGCCCAGAACGCCGCGGCGACCGGAGCUGCCCAGGCUGCGUGCGCUACUGGUGAGCAUACUCUUUGGGCUGCGGUUGUCGCUGACGCCGCUAACAACUCAGCCAACGCGAAUGCGGCUAAUGCCGACGCCGCCGCCGACAAUAACGCCGCCAACGACGCUGCCGCUGGCAACGAUGCUGGCGCUGCUGCUGGCGGCGCAGGCGACUUUGGCACUUGCGACCCCACCAUGAGCUUCGAGGGAGGCCGUGGCAACCGCCCCGCAGAUGAAUUCACUUUUCAGUCCAAUGACGCUGUUAUUGCCGCCAACCAGCAGGAGGCCUUGAACCCCAACAUCAUCACCAACCGUAUCUGUGAUGAACUCGGCAACAUUUGUGGCGCUGAUGAGGCAGCGAUCGCCACUUGCGAGGAUGCGCAGGCUCAAAUCGAGGCUUUGGGAACUCGGGACCAGACCACUGCGGAUGCCUGGAACGCAUUGGUUGGCGGGGCCGCUGCUAAGCGCUCCAUGAGACGCGGUAUGCGCCUGUGA